AUGUCUUUUCAUGUAUCAGAUAUCCAGCAGGUACAGCAGGUGCUGCAGGCACCUCAGGCAUCACAUCACAUCACAUCGCAUCUGGAUGCUCAUCAGCAGCGGCCAACUCGAGCACCGCAGCUAGCUACCAGCCUAAUAAUGCUACACGACAGACGGCGACCCAAGCAGAACUCCAAUCCGUCGGGCAUAAAGAUGAUGGCGUCCGGCGGCUGUGGAAGGCGACAUCGUCCUCCUACCUCCAUCGCCAGCAUCUUCUGCUGCUGCUGCUGUCAUGGUAGUGGUGGUGGUGGAGGUGGAGCUGGUCGUUCCAUUACACAUCUUCUGUUUGCACCCGAGGGGCCGAUCUGCUGGGUGCUGGGUAAGGUGAAGGGAGAGGUAGAGUUCUCCCGGGGCCUACAGACCCUGUUUAUGUGGGUGCCUUCGACGAAGGUGGAGUUGGGUUGA